GACUGCUAACACAGUACAGGAGAUGACCAGAGAAUGCGUACAUAGUACAGGAGAUGACCAAGAGACUGCAGACAGUACAGGAGAUGAGCAGAGACUGCAGACAGUAUGGGGGAUGACCAGAGACUGCAGACAGUACAGGGGAUGACCAAGAGACUGCAGACAGUACAGGGGAUGACCAAGAGACUGCAGACAACAGUACAGGGGAUGACCCAAGAGACUGCAGACAAUACAGGGGAUGACCAGAGACUGCGGAUACAGUACAGGAGAUGACCAAGAGACUGCAGACAGUACAGGGAUGACCAGAGACUGCGGACAACAGUACAGGGGAUGACCAGAGACUGCGGACAGUACAGUGGAUGACCAAGAGACUGCAGACAGUACAGGGGAUGACCAGAG